AUCAGUAUUCGGUCAUCACAACGAAACGUCUGGACUGGACGAAAAGAAAGAAUUGUAAACAUAACUUUCUCUCAGCUGUCAAGUUGAAUUAGGAAAUCGUAAACAUCGGCUUGACCUGAAAGUGGUGCUUUCUGGAAUUUUCAGAAUGGAGAAUAUAUUAGAGAGUGAGUUCGAUUGUAAGAUAGCAGGCAGUCGCUCGUCGUCAAAUGAAGAUGAUUCGAUCGAUAUGCAACUGUUUGAGGACAUGCAAAGUCAAUACGCGGACGACAACAAAGCAGACAGCAAUUCUCAGAAGGAUCUAUUUCACGAUUUGGACACUUUAAAUGAUAAUACGAACGAAAAGGGCGAUGAAAAACUAACUUUGGAUCAAUUAGAGGAAGCACAACGGGAACGCGAUAUGCUGAAGCGAAAAGAAUUGAAAACAAAGAAGGAAUUGGAAGAGGAGGAACGCGAGAAGAUGCAAGUGCUUGUUUCGAAUUUCACAGAAGAUCAGUUGGAUCGCUAUGAGAUGUACCGAAGAUCGGCAUUCCCAAAAGCAGCCGUUAAAAGACUGAUGCAGACAAUUACCGGCUGUUCGGUAUCUCAAAAUGUUGUGAUUGCAAUGGCGGGAAUUGCCAAAGUUUUUGCCGGCGAAGUGGUGGAAGAAGCGCUAGAUGUUAUGGAAGAAGCAGGAGACACGGGAGCUGUUCAACCCAAAUACCUCCGCGAAGCGAUCCGACGACUACGAAGCAGAGGACAAAUUCCUAUCGGGCGUGCAAAGAAGUAAUUGGCCCGGAGCAAUCGCUAUCAAGCAACAUUUGACAAGGGUAAUUGCCACUCGCAGUCCUGACCUCCAUCACAUAUAGUAGUUGCAAUCAGGAGCUAUUCAUUCCUUGUACAUUUUUGGUCGUAUUCCGCUUAUAAAUAAGAAACACUUGAUCAUAACCGAAACUUGUUAGCACUGAUGAAGGGAACAAGUGGUUCCCGAAAUAUCAGUUUUUG